AUGGCUGACAGUGUGGAGUCGGGACCCAGACAGCUUGUUGCGCUUCGGUUACUGUCGGAGUUUAAGAGGAUCAGAGACGACGGCGGCUCAGCUGUUCGCUUGAUGACUCAGACGCGUGCUGCGUCUGUGUGCAGACAACGUCGUGUCACGUUCAACGUGUCACAGGGGAUUUUGGCGGGAUUGCGAACUCAAGACGGGGCAACCAACUUCAUAGGAGAGGCCCUUCAGUUUUCUGAUGCUCUAGUAACUCUCGACAUCGUCCUUCUUUCGCUUGUUAGCCAACGUCACCAGAGAUAG